AUGGCAUGUCUCGCAAUCCUUCGUUUCCAGCUUUUGAUUAUUGUGCUUCUUUCAAAUGUGCUCUAUGUGCAGGGGCGUCGAGGCGGAGGAGGCGGCAGCGACGACAACGGUGGAUCAAACGGCGGUGGAGGAAGCAGUAACGGUGACAGCGGCGGUGGUAACAGUGCUCCUAGCCCAGAGGAAGAAGCGCGCAGUAACCCAUGCCGGAUGGAAAUUGGUCAUACCAAUCCAAUAUGGCUGCAUCGCUGGAUUGGCACGUACUACAACGGAACAGUAGAAAUUUCGCUCGAGCUCGAUCGUUGCAACGGUACCUGCCAGAAAUCAGAGAUUAAGGCCAACUGGGAGCUGACAGGCGUGUUGGCUAUACUAGAUCCUUUUCAUUCCGCUGCAGGGAAUUCAAGACCUUAUAUCCCACGUCCCAAAAACCCCUUUCUUGGCGUACUCUAUGGCUGGCCCAAGGACACCAACCAGUCCGAGCUCCUCGCACAACGGGACGAUACAUUCCUCCCGCCGCCCGUUAACCUCGCCAUGGAAACCGUAUCAGACUUCCACUACAACGAAGUCAUGUAUGGGCUCGAUCCGUCCGAUACUGUGAGCCGGAGUAACCCAACCUGCCGUGUGCAGAACGUCACCAGUACGGAUGACGGAUACCAAUUUGAAUGCUCAUAUGAUGGGCUUGGAGUCUACAGAGCAACUGACAGCAGCCAGUUCUCAUCUCCGGUACUCAACUCCAACGGAAGCAAUCACCUUGUGGUAGAACCUGCCAACAACACUAUGCUCUCGGGAAGCUUUGAUCCUCAUUCGGCUGAGUUCGAAUGGAAGGGUCCCUUUCACGCGUUUGCUGGAACAUUUGGUAAAGAUUCCAUAAGGAAGUCUUACUCAACCGAUCGCAACCGUAUAAACGAAGAUGAAACGGCUUAUACUGGUGAUUUUACAGUUCGCUUUAGAGGUACAGUGGACCUAGAGCAUAGCCAUGAAAUGGUAGUUAAGAGCGGGCGUGAUCCUCUGGAAGAUUGUCUUUCCAGCUAUGGGGGCUCGGUUUAUUUCUGUCUUUACUUUUAG